AUGGGGUGGCGUUACUCUCGAAGGUGUCAAGCUUAUCUCCUUCACGAUCUAAAUGUUAUUUUGAUGCUCCUUGGAUUAGUGAUUGUUGGAGUCUCCAUCAUUAUUUGCAUGGAACCUGAAGUCCAGGCGAUAUUUCAUAUGGCUGAAAUCAGUUACGUGACCUAUGUAUUGGCGAUCGUUCUAAUUUGUGUCGGGUCUGCAACCGUGACUACUGCUAUUCUUGGGUUAUGUGGGACCUAUCGCGAAUCCGCCUGCAUGAUCGGCGCGUAUUGCACAUGUCUGGCCUUGGUUAUGUGCGUGGAGGUUGCCGUAGACGUUUUAUGCAUGAUUUAUCGAGAAGAGGUCGAAGAGAAAUUAGUGCUAGCCCUCAAGACUUUUAUAGAUGACUGGUUCACAAAGCCGACCGAUCUCGAAUCCGAGGUCCAGAAAAUCGUCAAUCGGGAAGUUCUCCAGUCUUUUUUUGAGUGCUGCGGCAGGAGGGGACGUGCAGAUUACGGUGAGGCCGCCCUGCCCCUAUCCUGUUGUCCCCCACCAACUGAUGUCUGUGACGCCACUGCCUACUCUGUGGGAUGCUACGAGAUGGCCACAAAAGUGGUUAGCAGCGGUCUUCAAGGCUUUAUCGGAGUCAUAUUAGCAAUCGCUUCUUGCAAGGUAAUCUGUGUCCUUCUUGCCCUACUAUUCUACUUCACUGUCGUUCGACGCAACUCUGGGUCCGAGUACGUCGUAGUUCCCCAAAAAUAA